AUUUAGCCCAGAUUUCCUGAAGGCAUACCACUAGUUACAGCAUUUGUUCACCCUUCAAUGAUUGAGAUGUUGGAUGCUGCUAUUGAGGAUGCAAUUGAACGUGGUAGCUGCUACAGGGAGUACCUAAAACUAAAAGCUAGAUAUGAGGAACUGCAACGAACUCAGAGGAAUCUCCUUGGUGAAGACUUGGGUCCAUUGAACUCAAAGGAGCUUGAGCAGCUUGAGCAUCAACUAGAGUCAUCCUUGAAACAUGUCCGCUCCACCAAGGUAACAUGUAAUGAAGCUUAUAUACUUAUAGGUUUUAUCUUGUUUGGAGGGUAAGUUUUGAUUACUGGUUA